ACGCAGACGCAGCUCGACAUCGCCGCCUCACGUGUCUUCGCCUCCCUGCGCGUUUUCCCGAUAUCACAUUGCUAGCCGGGAUUGAAACGCGGCCCUCGACGUUCGCCGUAUUGUGUCGCCUGUACGCGUCCGGGAUGUGCUUCACUUGCUUGUAGGGCUGGCUGUCACAUCCUCCAAAACUGCGUCACCCUCGCCGGUGGCACGCUAUUGUUCCUUCCAUCGGCCCAGCUGCUACAGCUCCGCCUCAAUUACCGCAACACGGCCGCGACCGAACCGCCCAUCUUGACAGCUCAUCACCGGCAUCGCGCUGCCCAACAUGUCCUCCGUCUGGAAUCCCGACAACGUACGAGAUGUCGCCGAAUCAGUGGGCAUCGCCUCACUCGCCGACAACGUCGUUGAAGAGCUAGCCCGCGAUGUUGAUUUCAGGCUCGCGCAGGUAUUGGAGGAGGCGCUGAAAUUCAUGCGACACGGCAAGCGGACGACAUUGAGUACACAGGACGUGUCCAACGCACUCAAAGUACUAAACGUGGAGCCUCUCUACGGUUAUGAGUCCACUCGACCGCUGCGUUUUGGCGAGGCUUCCUUGGGUCCUGGACAGCCGUUGUACUAUGUUGAGGACGAGGAGGUCGACUUUGAGAAGUUGAUCAAUGCGCCCCUGCCCAAGGUGCCACGAGAGAUCACAUUCACGGCUCACUGGCUCGCUGUGGAAGGCGUACAGCCGUCGAUUCCCCAAAAUCCCACUGCGAUCAACCAGGGAGACCUGUUGCCCAAGGGAACGAACGCGAACCCACAUCUUGCAGCAGCCAACGGGCUAGACAAUGUCAAUGUAAAACCGCUUGUAAAGCACGUGCUCUCAAAGGAAUCGCAGGAGCUAUUCGCCAAGCUUUCUGGCGCGCUCAUCGAUGAGACGAACUUCGAGUGGCAGAACGCAGCUCUCGCGGCUAUUCGAACGGAGCCUGGUAUCCACCAGCUAACAACCUACCUCCUCACCUUCAUCGCGGAGAAAGUCACACACAACGUGAAGAAUCUUUUCGUACUGAAGCAGAUGAUGCAGGCUACGAGUGCCCUGUUGGACAACCAAGCCAUUUAUCUGGAUCCUUAUGUCGCCUACAUGGUGCCGCCUGUCCUGACAUGUUGCACAGGCAAACAUCUGGGGCCAACAGCACAAGCAGCAUCCUCAAGCGCCUCAUCAGAAACGCUCAACGGUGUUGGUACCAAUGGUCACUCAAGUGACCCAGAUCACUUCAAAAUUCGACAGUUGGCUGCAUCAAUCCUCAACCGUAUCUGUGUCAAGUAUGGGUCGUCAAAUCAAGGGCUCAAGUCACGGAUCGCGAGGACGUGCCUGAGACAGUUCAUGGACAUCGGAAAGCCAUUGGGAACACACUACGGUGCCCUACUGGCACUGCUCCUUAUCACUGGCAACGAAGGCAUGAAAAUGCUCGUGUUACCGAACUUGAAGAUCUACAACGACGAUGUGCUGAAAGCUGCACUUGCUGACGAGGGGAAGAAAAAGGAUGCAGAACAAGUGCUUGGUAUGCUCGUACAAACAAUCAAAGGAAUGGGGAACACGACAUCAGCAACACUGACCAAUGGCGUUGCUGAUAUCGAAGGACUGAGAGAACGACUGAAUGACAAGGUUGGCGACAUAAUUGCGGACCAGAUUAUUGCCAACAAACUUACGGCGGCUGCGCAGAUCAUUUUGGAGGCAGAUAUCAACAUCUGAGCUCCAGAGGCCGGCGUUGGCUGCAAUGCAUUAUAGGCGUUGGUCGGGGGGUUUGGACGAUACCACAUCUGUAACGAAUAGCGAAAAUGAAUGCCUGCUGAAGUUUUUUGGACA